UCUGCUUCAAGACGGUAACAGAAUGGCAUCUCUGGCGUUUCUGAUGCUCGCUGCAUUCCUCAGCAACGCCGCUGCCGCUCCGGCCCAGAAUACACCAGCCACAACGAACGCAGCACUUGGAAUCGAUGUCUCACCGAGUGCAGAACUUCCACAGACCAGCGAACGUGACCAGCACGCUGUCAACGGAGAGGAAGACGACGCCUAUUAUUACACCUAUGACGGCGACGACACGGACGCAGCGGCACCGACCGGCUUGGAAGACGACUACGCGGCCGGCGGCGACGACAUGGAUGCCGCGGCGUCCAUGGCGUUCCGGCCGCUGUUCCGCUACCGGGCGCAGCAGAGGAACCGCCGGCGGAUGCGCGCCGAGCGCCGCUACCGCAGCAGCAGAAACCACUGGUGAUGCACCGCGCUACGACAGAGCCGACAGCAGCGGCUAUUGGCGAGCCGUGCAGUCAGCGCAACACGUCCAGGGACCAGCGUACACGAGGUCGCUGUAUUGUACCUGCACCACUCCACAUUUCUCAAUAUCUCUUCAUUGAGUUCCUUUCUUGCCAGUACAGGGCUUUCACAUAGUUACAGGUUUAAAGUACCUCGGGGGGAUUCAGGAGACGACUGCCUGAGAACUACACGACACAGCGAAACAUACAUGUUUCAGUGGAUACAGCAUCUCUCCAAGUUUUAAUUCGUGAUACGACCUGCACAGUAGUCGCAAAGCGCAACACUUUGAGACAGACGUGUCAGUAUAUGAAGACCAGUAGCCCUCAAACCUACGUUCUCAAGAGUCAAUGCUGACAUCAUGCGGCGUCACUUGGGGUCGUAAAUGUAACGAGGUUGUUAUUGAAUGGUAACGUAGAUAAAUUACUGUGUUAUGAAUCUCAGAUGGACAAGUUACGGAAGGAAGCGAUGAGAUGGGGGCCCACCCCCAAAGUACUGAUCGUUAAAAGUCGCCACCAUUCGGAAGACUUCGUGUGGCCUGUGUUCUGUUCCAGGUUGCUGCCACUCUAGCGACUCGAAAGUUAAGACACUACAAUUACCGGACGAAGUAUUGCUGUUUUGUCUGUGAGAGCGAAUGAUUAACUGAUUAACAACCGUAACUGUUAAAUGAAUUAUGCAAUAUGAGACACGAUCAGACAUGUUACCUACAUGUUUUGAAUGUCAUUUUUCUCUUACUCAUUGUAUUGCCUGACAAAAUCCUUAAUUUAAUUCCAUCUUACUUGCUUCAAAAGUGUACCGCAUUUGUUGAGGAUCGUCUGUAACGUACAGUCAUGACAUGCUAUUUUCGUACUGAUCAGUACGAAUCGUGCAUGCACUUGAGUCGUUAGUAGUGGAAGAGAAACAAAACAUUAAUUCACGCGCAUUAUGCAACUCCGGAGGAACGAAGCUACUUACCUCUCAGUCCUGAUAGUAAGGGGUCAACUUAGCCGAAUUCAUCAGCGUCAAUUUAAAUGAAACAUCUCUUAAAACAUUAUUGUCUCUGUAAGCAGAUUUAUGUGUUACUCACGAGGAAAACUACGUUCUUAAGAAACUCUUAACGUUAGUUCACGUUUUCGAAUUCAGAUAUUACUUGCUAUAUGCAUACGAGUAUUUUAUAGAACACGACUGAGAACCGCGAGCCGCACGAAUACUUGAUUGUAGCCGCUGUUUGAUGACCACUGAUGUAGACUAAUCUGCUGCUUCGUAACGUCGCAUUGAUUUAGCUAACGCCUGCAGGUAGGCAAACUAGUGAACAGAUCUCCAAAGCGGGUUGCUGGCGUUGUGCCUCGCCAGGCAGCAGCGAUUGUGAGUUCAGUGAAUUGCACGUAACUGCUCUUCCGCCUUUUUUGACGUUUUCUGCGUCACAAACAAUGCUCAUACUGAUCUGCUACUUGACUUAAAAGCUUGGAGAGAUCCUCCAUCCACUGAUACGUCUGUUUUGGGUAUGUAUUGUAGUAUUCGUCCAGUCAUCCUCUGAAACCUCGUAGGCGUUGUGAAUAUCCCUGCAUUUACAGAUGCAUGGUCCCUUUCUCUCAAAUGAAGUGGUGUGAUCGCGAUACGCACGCUAUAAAUACUUUGACAUUCAUUCCCACUGUUUUUUUUUUACCUCUGUGUUAUGAAUAAUGCUGCAUGAUAACCACCAAACAAGGCUAGCAGAGUUCUUCUCUGUAUCGCCUAAGACUAAUGAACUUCGUACUUGUAGGCAAAUCUACGAAAUUGAAGACAAAAGGGAAAUUUGGCCAAUAGUACCACCACCGCAUUGCGACUUAAUAACAACUGCCGUUAGUAAUUUAGUACGUGCUUCGGCAAAACUUUUGUAUUGAUUGGUUUUAUAAUGAACCUGCUUUUAUAUUGUGCUAUAUACUCACUGCUGAAGAAGUUACAGUAAUUUCAAGAACUGAAAGCAACUUUGAGUGUGAUUUAAAAAAAGUGUUGGUUGUAUACGACACCACUGCAUUGCAACUUAGUUAUAAUAAUUUAUAUGCUUCGACAGACCAUUUGUAACGAUUUUGUUGAAUAAACCUACUGUUAUACUA